CAAAGCCCGGUCUCCGGGUAAGAUGGCAGCGGACGGACAGUGCUCGCUCCCCGCUUCAUGGCGGCCGGUGACCCUCACCCACGUCGAAUAUCCCGCAGGUGAUCUUUCAGGCCACCUCCUUGCCUACCUGAGCCUCAGCCCCAUCUUCGUUAUUGUUGGCUUUGUGACACUCAUCAUAUUCAAGCGAGAGCUUCACACUAUUUCUUUCCUGGGGGGUCUGGCACUCAACGAAGGGGUCAACUGGCUAAUAAAGAACAUUAUCCAGGAGCCCCGGCCCUGUGGAGAUACGCACUCCAUGGUGAAUACCAAAUAUGGAAUGCCUUCCAGUCAUUCCCAAUUUAUGUGGUUCUUCUCAGUCUACUCCUUCCUUUUCCUUUAUUUAAGAAUGCAUCAAACAAACAACGCCAGAUUCUUGGACUUGUUAUGGAGACAUGUGCUCUCUCUGGGCCUCGUGACAGUAGCCUUUCUCGUCUCAUAUAGUAGAGUGUAUUUGUUGUACCACACCUGGAGCCAGGUUCUCUAUGGAGGGGUUGCAGGAAGCAUCAUGGCUGUCGCGUGGUUUGCCUUCACACAGGAGAUCCUCACUCCACUGUUCCCCAGGAUAGCAGCCUGGCCCAUAUCUGAGUUCUUCUUAAUUCGAGACACAAGCCUCAUCCCCAACGUCCUGUGGUUUGAGUAUACGGUCACCAGAGCAGAGGCCAGAAACAGACAGCGAAAGCUGGGUACAAAGCUACAGUGAGAGUGCUUGGGCGUGGCUGUGCCAGCCCCACAGAUCUGACUGGUAGGAUGCCGCCACGGAGACCUCGACAGACCCAAGUCACCACGUGGAGCCUUUUUCUUUCUUUUUUUCUUCUUUUUUAAAAAAAUCAACAAGAUGGACCAAAGGCCAGUCUGGGGCCUUCAGCAGGAGUCUAGAGGCCUGGGCGUUGGUUUGGGCAGCUUGCUAGGCAUCCCCACUGCCCAUGGGACCAGGACGCAAAUGGACCUUGCCCAUGUCACCACCGUACGCUGAGAGGCAGAAUGUACCAUAACUUCCAAGGCCAGAGGAAGGAUCUUAGGGUGGGAUAAUAGGGGAGAAAGAAGAAGACUUUCAUCUGAGAGCUUGAGACAGGGUGGGUGGGGAAGAAUCUGACAGCCAAGUAUUCUGUGGAGUUUAGGUGGUAUGAAAUAUACAUGCUAUUUAUUUUUUUUCCUAAGGUUAAUUUGAUUUUUUGAGUUGGGAGCUGGGGCUGGGGUAAGACCUUUCUGAAGAGGAACCCAUUGAGUGGGAUUAGUUUCUCAGUGGUGCAGGGAGAGUCUAAUUCCAGAUCAUUUGGAUGAUGUCAGUUCCAUCUAUCUGUACUUUGUAAGGAAGAAACAAAACUUGAUGGACAUUUUGCUUUGAACACCAGAAAGCAACCUACCUCUCCUCUUAAUGUGGUUGUGUAACAUGGGGGCUUAGGGCAAGAGCCCUUGGGGAAAUGAGCCCUUUCUUUGAUUCCUAGUUCUUCUCUGCCGAUAACAGCCUCAUAUGGUGGACACUGUUUCUGAGUCUUGUUCCCUGUAACACAGCUAUUUCUAUAUCUGGGAGAGUGAUAGCUCAGAGAAACAGUGCUUCUUCAUUGGUCUGGUGAUGACAUUUCCUUACAACAGUAAUCUCAUUCAAGGGCCUUCUCUGAUCCCUGUCCAUGCCAUGGGUUGUACCUUCUAUAAUGAAAGAACUUUUUUUAAAAUGCUAUUUACAUUGUAGAUGGGGAAACCUGAACUGUUUUACAGAUUUCUUUUUGUCUUGCCAUCAGGUAGCAAUUGCUUUUCAAUUCCUUUCAUCCCUUCCCACUUCCAGUAUCCCAACCACUUCAGAAACCCCCUACCCACUCACCCAGAACAAAAGGCAAAGAACCAGGAGCUCAGCUGGGUGCGUGCUUGACACCACCCUUCUUCCCCUGCUGUGCUCCAAACAUUUGUCUUUUCAUGAGACUUGGCUCCAAAGGAGCUAGGUCUCCACUCUUUCACAGGCGGGUACUACAGACUGGAGGGAAAUGUGCUGGUUGGCAGUGUGUUCGGUCAGACCAAGUCUCAUGCCGGACAAAAGAACCUGGAUGUCUUGAGGAAAUCAUCAUCAGGGUUAUUUUACUUGUACUUGGGUCUCUUGUUUUAAAGUUGCUUUCAAAAGGAAUCAUUGAAGUAGAAUGAUUUAGAUGAGUCUAAAGCCCAGGGAAUAUCUAGAAUUGAACUGGAUGGUUUGGGACAUGUUGAAAUCAUUGAAGAAACAAAGAUUGGUUUCCUGAGCUGCUACUGCUGCUGAAGCACGCCUUGGUGGUGCUUUUCUUUUCUUUCCUUUUGCAAAGACAGUAUCUACAAGCCAUUCCAGAUGUCAGGAAAAUGGGCUUAUUUCCAGGGAUGUUAGGUUAGCCCCCAUGUUCCCUUCCCCUCCCCAUUUUACUUUUUGGCCAGAUAAGCCAGAUGUCAGGUGGUUUGGAUUAAGACAAUAAAUAAAAUUGUUUACUAUUGUUUUAAAAUAAAAUAUGG